AUGUCUAUUUUCGCCCUUGCAUCGAAACCUCCCAGCAUGCUUGGUUUUCACCGUGUCCUCGCUCCGACAGCAGGUGUGAAGAAGGCAUUGCCACUGUGUCUUGGAACCAUGAAGUUUGGUACCACCUGGUGUUUUCAGCAAUUCAUUUGUGCGCGACCGAAGACCAAUCCCUAUCACUCAAUCUCGGAAGGAUUCCAUGGGCGAGUGCACGCCAACAAUUACCAACAGGAAGAAUCGGAUAUUUGCAUUGAGGAAUGGAUGAAGGCUCGCGUCAAGAUUAUGCGCAUCUCGGUCGAGCGUAGCCUUCAAAAAUUGGAGACAGAUUACAUAGAUCUUCUGUAUGUCCACUGGUGUGACUUCAUCUCGUCCGUCGACGAGGUUAUGCAUGGACUCAAUAGUCUGGUAGCUGUUGGAAAGGUGCUCUACCUUGGUGUAUCAGACACCCCGGCAUGGAUAGUUGUGAAGGACAAUGACUAUGCCCAUGCCAAUGGCUUACGUCCAUUCUCUGUUUAUCAAGGCAAGUGGAACGCCGGAUUUCGAGACCUCGAACGCAUUGGAGAGAGUCGCAAGGAAGAAGAACUCGAACCUGCAUGCAAUCGCCCUAGCAUACGUGAUGCACAAGACACCACAUAUCUUCCCCAGAAAAUUGAGCAUCUCAAGGCCAACGUCGAGGUGUUGACUGUGUCACUUUCGACUGAGGAACUAGAGGAAAUUGACAAUGCCGCGCCCUUUGAUGUCGGAUUCCCUACGAACUUUAAUUUCCGAGGCAAUUAUUCUUCCGACAGGACGGCUGCAGAUGUAUUCCUAACUCGUGUGUCGACUCACAUUGUUGUUCCGCCGCAUCCCUUGCUUGUGCAGCCACGUCAAGUUCAAUCAAAUCACCAUGCUCCGGCUACAGACAUCACAGACAUUAAGAGGAUAGAAGUUGGACGGAUAAACCAAUUAUAA